AAGUUGUCAUCUGGCAACACUAUUUGCAGCUUGUUUUUUGUUUUAAGCAAUUUUGUUAAAAUGUCUUUUUCUGCCACUGGAGAUUGCCAAUUAUUGUCGCAAAUUUAUACUUACAAGGGACACCGCGUCGCCUGCAGCGUCAAAGUGCUGCCGACACCUGUGACCCUUUUUGAGCGGGAAGCCACGAAUGACUACCACUGGAUGACCGCUUUCCGCUGGGCCAGGAUCGAGACCGCCUUGUGGCGCCUCUUUGAGAAUCUGGCCCAGUGGCAGGACGCCAAGAAGCUGCGGGGAGAGCUGCUGAUCGAUCACAUAAGUGUGCGUUACGAGGCUACCGAGAAACCGCAUCCUGCGUCGAGAAGCCUUUUGGCCGGAGCCGAGCUGGGGCCAGAGGACCUCAGCCUAGACAUGCAGCUACAGUACAUGACGGUCGAGGACACUGCAAUUGUGGGCAUGCACACGUCGAAACGUAAAGUUGCCACGGAGGCAGAGAUCAAUGGCACCACGAAAAAUAGCUCCAGCAGCAGAAGCAAGCCAGCGGGCGCUGGAGUUAAGCCAAAAGCUGGUCUUCCAGAAAAGCCUUCACAAUCUAAACAACCGAAACACAUUGAUGCCGACGAUGAAGACGAUGAUGAUAAUUACUGCCCACCUUUGACCAAGAUCAAACGUGGACGCCGAUCCACUUCACAGGGUUCACACAGCCAAAAUGGCAGCAGUUCAAGGCAGAGAAAAAGGCGCUCAAUAAGCACAUCAGAAAGAAAUUCCGCAGCCAGCUCUGUCGAGUCUAAGACUGCUCGGCGCUCCGGCCGAUCUCCAAUUUGUCCAAGUCGCUUUAACAAUUUUGUUUUGAGCAGCACACAGCAGAAGAAACCCACUUCGGGGGAUGGGAAAACCAAGAAGAAGCCAUCCCCAGUCAGGAAACCGAAGGAGAAGCCUGCCACUUCAUCAUCAGCCAAGGCGCCUAAGGAAAAGUCUCUGACACCAACACCAGCCGAGGCCCUGAAGGUGGAGCAGAUUGAUGGCGCCCGCUUAGAUGCACUGCAGCGGCUGGACAGCAUGCUGGCCAUAUCCAAGCCACCUGAAGUUCAGAUACUGCUCUUGGAAAAUAUGGGCGAAGCUGAUGUUCUGGCCACUUUUGAGCGCUAUAGAAGCGACUUCGAUAAGCUAUUCAAGGAGCGGAAGAACAAGGCGCAGACACACAGUUAUGUGAAUGUUAGUCACAUGGACGUCAUGGACAUCCUAAACGCGGACAUACGCAACAAGAUGAUGAAGCAACUGGCGGCAAGCUACAGCACCAAAAGCAACCACACGUCCCUGAUUAUCAAUGGGCUGCUGCCCCUCUGGAUAGUGCUGCUCUUUACGGACACGUACAAGCUGUCCCACGAUGAGGCCGUGCGUCAGAUAAAGGACCAAUUGAGGUGGAACUCCUAUCUGAAGGCCAUGAACAACGAUCCAUUGAGCUCCGACCUGGACGGCUGAUG